AUGACACAAAAUGGAGAUGAGAGAAUCGUCAAGGAAGAAAGGGUGAAAAGGACAAUGGCUGAACUGAUGAGGGAUCCUAGAGGAUCUAACUCUUCUCUUACUUUGGAACCGGAACCGAUAAUAUCGUCUAACUUAAAUAAAGGGAAAGGAAUAGUCUUUAGCUACAAUGAGGACAAGAAGAGUAACCAGAAUGAGAGUACGAGUGAGAAAGGGGAGAAGUUGCUUAAGGAUGCUAUUGGGAGUGGUAUAGCUAACUCAAGAAAAGCUUUAAAUGAAGGAAUUCAAUCUGAUGAUGCCUUCAGUCUGCAUUACUCUGGUAAUCCUUCAUUUUUUGAUUCUCCAACGGAUUAUAGAAUUGGCUUCUAUGAAGCUGGUUCUUCCGGAAAAUCAAAACGAAGUGAAGGGAGACUCAGUUGGUCAAACUGUGAAGAGAAAGGCAGAGGGGGAGAUAGAUGGAGUAGUUCAUGA